AUGGUGAUACAGAAACUGCCACAAACUGCUAAUAUUCAACUACUAGAGCAGCAAAAGGAAAAUAUUCAGCCAUUGAGUGGAGGAAGGUCUGCUACUAAAUUAACGAAAGCAUUGUCAUCGAGACCCAAUUCGGCUACAUCAAUAAAUUAUCAAGAGCAUAGAACAAAAUUAGAAAGAGAAAGAGAAGAGUUGGAACAAAAGCUUUUAGAUUCCGAUGAAUUGGAUGAUCCAUUACAGGUUUAUAUUGAAUAUAUCAACUGGGUCCAUUAUAAUUUUCCUCAGGGUGCCAAUGCUGAUAGUGGUUUGGUGAUAUUAUUGGAGAAAUGUACUUCGAAAUUCAGAGACGUGCUGCAUUACAAAAAUGAUCCAAGAUAUUUGAAAAUAUGGCUAGAGUAUACUAACUAUUCGGACUCACCGAGGGAUAUUUAUGUAUACUUGGCUAAAAAAGAGAUUGGAAACCAGCUAGCAUUGUAUUACGAAGAAUUUGCCAGAUACUUGGAAGCACAAAAGAAAUAUACUGAUGCUAAUCAGAUUUAUGAGUUAGGAAUACAAUCAAAUGCAUUUCCCUUGAAACGUUUACAAAAGUCUUAUGAGAAUUUCAAGGAAAGGCUUCAAUUGGAAAUGAGCUCGGUUUCAACAACUUCAGAUCUUGUGCGAGAAGCUUUGAAAGUGAAAAGAGGGUCAAGUGUUGAGCCAGGUGCACACGUUGAUCACGGCCCUAUCGCAAAAAAGCCUAGACUAGAAGUUUUCAAAGAUGAUGACGAUCAAAAUCAAAGUGUGCUACAUUUGAUAUUUGGCGCAAGUUUGAAUGAUGACAUAAAAUUAAACUCAACAAAACAGAGAAUCAAAGAGAAUACUAUAUCAGCAACAGCUUGGAAAGGUCGGGUCUUGAAACAAAAAGUUCCUACUCCUCCAAAUUCUUCAGGUGGGAAAAUACAAGUGUUUCGUGAUUUCGAGCCUCUUGCUUUCCAGGCCAAAAAACUGAUUUGUUACGAUGAGAAGGGAAGAGCGUACACUUUGAUUGAAAAUCCGGGAAAGAAAUCAGAGCGAGUACUUGUAAAUAUGGAUUUAAUAUAUCCCGAUGAGUCUCAAGAGUUUAGCAUGUUAGAAUUACUCGCAAUCUCUAGAAGAUCUGAAAGGCAAAAACAGCAAAAACAGACACUAAUAAACCAUCCCACCGUAGUGGAUGAAGAUACCAGAACAAUUACAUUAGCAUUGAACAACUCCAGCACCAUUAAAUCACGUGAUAUGGACCCAACAAUUACAAUGAACGGUAAUUUAGCACAUAAUGAAUUGCAAGGAAUAUACAACGAGUUGGGAUAUGGCUACAAUUUUGAUGAUGAGGAUGAGAAAGUACAAGAACCGACGGUUACAAAUUAUGAUGGAUAUGUUACAGAGACAAUUAAUCCACCAACGACUAAUGCCAAUCUAAUUCCAACACAAGUCGAUUCGCCUCAAAUCGAUCAAGUGGCAACACCUCCUACUGACCGAGAAGAAGAGUUCGACGAUCGUGUGCUAAGCUCGCCAUUCGUUGAGCAGCCAGUAGCUAAUACUCAACCAGUUGAUCCAUUUGAUAUUGGUUUACAAGAAAGUUUUUUGGAUAAUUUAUCGAUCCCCAUGAGCACAUAUUCAGGUUACUACGAUAAAUCAACUACAAAAGUUGACCGCAUCAGAAAAUUUAGAGAAAUCACUAACAAAAAUCAAACAAUCAACAGAGGAUCACUGCUGGCCAUAAUCGACUAUUGUGGUCAAGAGUUAUAUUGUUUACUACAUGAAUUAGGACAAGGUGGCUAUGGGUUUGUAUAUUUGAUAGAAGCUGGAUCAACUGGAAAACUAAAAGCAUUGAAAAUUGAAACUCCUUCAAGUAGGUGGGAAUUCUAUAUUUUGCAUCAAGUUCAUCGUCGAUUAAUUGGUGAAGCCGGUUAUAAACAAAGAUAUUUCAUUCGUGCAGAAGCAUUAUAUUACUUCCAGGACGAGAGUUUUUUAAUAUUGGAUUAUUGUAGCCAAAGUACAUUGUUGGAUGUUGUUAACAAUUACAAGAAUAAAGGCUCGUCUUUAGAGGAGUGUCUUGUUAUAUUUUUCACUGUGGAGUUGUUAAAAGCUUUAGAAGCAUUGCAUUCUGUUGGUAUUUUACAUGGGGAUUUGAAAGCUGAUAAUUGCAUGGUCCGUUUUGAACCUAUAAACGAAAGUGAUUGGAGUGAGAGAUAUGACAGAAGUGGCAAAUUUGGUUGGUCACAUAAAAGUAUCACCUUGAUUGAUUUUGGUCGGGCAGUGGAUAUGACUUUGUUUUCACUGGGUACAAGGUUUGUUAGCAGUUUUAAAGCUGAUGAACAAGACUGUCCACAAAUGAAUGAAGGGACCCCGUGGUCUUAUGAAGCGGACUAUUAUGGUCUAGCAACUAUCAUUCAUACAUUGCUAUUUGGAAGUUAUAUUAAAAUCAAAAAAGACGGUAGCAAAAUCAAACUACAUGCAAACUUUAAAAGAUAUUGGCAGCAUGAGUUAUGGCAAGACUUGUUUGAGUUGUUGUUGAACCCGUAUUCUUCUGCUGAAGUCAACCAUGCGCCUCGAACAGAAUCAUUGGCAACGAUAAGAGAACACUUUGAAAAUUGGUUAGAAAGCAAUUCAAAAAUGAAGUAUUUAAAGGGGCUCAUAAAAAUGGUAGAAGGAGAACUAAACUCGAUAAAUAGAGCUCGGGUGAAUUGA